AUGGAGGCGGAGGAGGGCGGCCCAAGAGAGCGGGCGGCCCUCUCAUUGGCCCCCGCCGACGGGACGGCGGAGCUCUCGACAGCGAGACCAGACAACGUCUCCCUGGUCGUCGCCAACAGCAACAACUCCUCCAGCAACAACUCCUCCAGCAGCAAUAACAGCUCCAGUUUGGAGGAGUCGGUGAGCAGCCUUCCAGCCUGGGAUCUCCCCACUGUGCCCGAGUCACUGCUGUCCACCGAGGGCGACCACGACGUCACGCUCCCUGCCAACAUCACCAGCCCUUUCUCCACCCACAAGUGGAACACCACUGUGCCCGCGCGCACCAGGAACACCUCACGGCACACCACCGUAAACACGUUUCUGUCACCCACCGCCUCAACGUUAUCGUCAUCCACCGCGAGCAGAGCACAAACGCCAUCGGGGCCCGGUAAGGUUUCCCCGACCUCGAGCCCUGAAUCUGUGACCGACGAGGGCCUUCGGCUGACGACGAUAACCACGACGACGACGCCCUCGACGACCGCCCCCACUGUGACUGAGCCCACAACCACCACGACGACCACCACACCCGCCACCACCACCACUACUACGGUCGCCCCGACCACCACCCCACCUACCACCACCACCACCACCGCAACCACCGCCACUACGCUUCCCACCACGACUACAACCACUACACCUGCAACUACGACGACUGCUGCCACCACCACCACCGCUACGACCACGACGACAAAGGCGCCGGCCACCACUCUCUUCGUCCCGAUGAAAACCACGCCGCCUCCCACCACGACCACUGAGUCUCCGUCCAGCACCAGCGCGGAGGAAAGUCCUCUACCAUGCAACGUGACCGAGAAGUUCUGGGUCAGAAUAGUUCUGUCCAUUGAGCUGCGUAGGAACUGCCUGGAUCUGAUCCUGAAGCAGAACCUCUCUAAAGGACUGAGCCACGCCCUGCAGAGAGCCCUGAAUGACUCCACAGCCAAUGCACAGGUGGAGCACGACGACUGCAGCCCCCACAACGUGACGCUGGGUUACUACGUGGCCAGCGGCAAGACCGUCUACGUGUCCUCGCGGGUGGUCGAGGCGCUGCACGUCUACGGCUUCGACAAGCUGCUGUCGGACAUCCGGCAGCACAGCCCGGCGGUCAAGGCGGUCCUGGUUCCCGUGGCGGGCUGGGCGCCAUCUCCGAGCAUCCACCUGCAGCUGAAGACAGUGUUGAGGUUCGUCGGCCCGACCGAUAACGUCUACUCCUGCAGCUUCGUCCAGAUGUUGGAGCAGCGGCUGGAAAACGCCUUCGACGAGGCCCAGGACAAAGUGCUGGAGACCUACAACCGGCUCGCCGUGGAGAUCCAGAGCGUGUCCCAGGAGCCGGGCUCCCCGUCCGUCUCGCUGGUGUACGUGGUGAAGAACCAGGACACCAUCCUCAACGGGACCAUCUCCAGCGGCCUCCUCAACCAGCUGACCGCGGAGCUGGUGGGCUACUUCCUGUUCUACCCACCCAUGGUCAUCGCCGAGCCCCUUGAAUACCAUAAUCUCAACACGUCGAUGGUGACCAAGAACUAUUGGGUGAUAACAGUGAUCCAGGAUGUGGAGAGCUCCUCCCUGGAGGCCAACUACCAGAGCUUCGCCAGCCUGAUGGAGCAGCGGCUGGCCGAGCUCUUCCUGGUGGCCGGCAGGCAGGGUCCUCGGACGGCGCGGCCUCGGCGGGCCACCAGCGUGGGCAGCUACACCGUCCAGAUGGUGAGCAUGCGUCGGCUGCCGGGUCCCAAGAGCCCGGCGGAGAUGACCUACUACGCCCAGCUGAACGGGGCGGCCAUCACCGGAUCCGCCGCCGCCAAGACCCUCAGCAGUCUGGACUCCCAGACCAUGGCCCUGACGCUGGGAUACUUUGUCCAAGUGCAGGCUGAACCGGUGGUGAAGACGCCGCCCGGCAACCUCUGGCUCGUCGCCGUGCUGACGCCGCUCUUCCUGCUGAUGGUGGUGAUCGUCAUGGUUUCCUUCAUCCUGUGCAAGAGGAACCGGGUCAUCUUCAAAACCGGCGCCUUCAGGAACUUCAAAACGCGCUCCAAGACCUCAUAUCGAAGGGAGGCCAGUUACCACCACCAGCCUGUCCAGGGCUUUGACUACGCCAAGAAGCACAUGGGUCGAACCGGUGACGAUGCCGUCUCCGUCACCGUCUCCGUCACCAAGGAGACGCUGGUGCUGGGGCUGCCCGUACGAGACGCUCCGCUGGCGCUGUCGCUGGACAAGAAGGUCCACCAGGACGGGACCGGCAGCAAGAGGCCUCCGUCUGCCGACAUACACAAGGGAGGGCGGUUGCCAAGCGAGGAGGACGGCUCGGUGUCGAGCGGCGGCUCCGGGAAGCUGAACACGAGCAAGAGCUCCUCGGCCCGAAGGACGGCGACCGGCGGCAGCGGCGGCGGAGGCGGCAAGAACGGCGGCAAGGAGGAGCUCCACAAGAAGAGCGCCAACGACCCGUACGAAGACCAUUCAGGCUCUCUGCGUCUCAUCACCGUUAAACCCCUGACCGCUCAGCCAACCUACUCCUACCCCACCUCCUCAUCCCACAGCCAGGACUCUGUGGUCCUCAACGGGGAGGCAAACCACGGCGGGCUGAAGCAGAAGUCGGACAUCGAGCACCAUAGGAACAAACUUCGGCAGAAGGCCCAGAGGAAGGACUACGGAGAGUUCUCGCUGUCCGAGACCGGCAGCCACGGCUACAGCCACCGCAACGGCAGGCACGACGGCGUGGCCAAGGAGCCGCUGACCGCCGAUGAAAAGAGGGCCUCCUUCGCAGGAUGCCAUAAGGGGUCCUCCCAACCACGGGAGCCCGCCUACUGGAGCCGGCAGUCUUUGACCAGCCCGAGUCCAGUCGAGGCCGAGAUGGACCUGCUGGUACUCAGAGAAAGAUCCAGGAGGGGCAUCCGGAACAACGGCUACGAUGGCGACCUGGAGAAGUUUGAGGAGACCCACAUGGACCGUCUGAUGAGCUCCCUGGGUUACGGAGGCGGGUCCACCGGGACCGGCAGCCUGGGGGUGAAAGCUCACCGCGGCUCCGACUCCUCCACACUCAGCUCCCAGCCAUCCAUCGACGAGGUCCGCACGCAGAUGCACAUGUUGCUAGGCAACGCCUUCAGCCUCGCGCCUCCGGACCACGACCCCCCUUCUCCCCCGACCAACCACCACCGUCACCACCACCACGCCCACAGAGCCUACAACCCGUCCCACACCAGCCACUACAGCGACGGGGUGACCAGCGCCCCGGGGACCAUGAACCACCCCUGUGGGGGCAGGCAGAGGAGUGCAGGAUACGAGGACAUGCACCAGUGUAGCCUGCCCAAACCGGGCUUCCGGUUCACCCAGCUCCCGGAUAUGGGCAUCGGGCCCCCUCCGCCGCUGAUCCCCUCAAGACCGGGCCUGCCUCCCGGGACCUCAUUGCGACGCUCCACCCCCGACGUGAGUCUGAAGCCCCGCGUGUCGGAGGUCUCGGACCUGCAGGCCCAGCAGCACAACGGCGUCCCGUACCUGCCGCUGUCCAGGGCGCCCUUCCCCUCCGUCACCGUCGACCAGUCCAUCAGCGCCUACUCAGGAAACCCAAUCACAGCAGUCUACGCGAUAUCGGCCAACCGCCCGGGAUACUCGGACUACUUCGUCAUGUCACCGCCGUCCUCGUACCGCAGCCCGUCCUGGAUGUCCUACCCACCCGAGCCAGAAGACCUGCCGCGGCAGUGGAACGACACGCCGAACUCGCGUCACCUUGAAACCAUCUGCUGAAGUCGCCUGCCUGUGACACUGAGUGGGAACUGACAGCUCGGUGUCUCGUUGGAUCGGCAGAGGGCCUCUGGAGCUUUAUCGGCCCUCCUACACUUCGGUCGGGACUUCCUCCUGUCGGAUUUAAUCGUCACCGCCACUUCACUUCCCAUCAGCCCCUUCACCUCCCUGUCCCACGCUCCGCUCAAUCAGCUAUGACUCUCUCUCUGCUCCCAUGAGCUCCGGAGGCCAAUGGUCACCAUCUCUACGUAAAACUGCCUCCUCUGUGGUGACCCCCCCCCCCAUUUGUACAGCAAGAGGCCCCCCUCACACUGCUGAACUGAACUGAAGUGAGCAGAGAGCCGUGUGGAGCUGGUGCCGCGCCUCCCCGCAUAAUGUGCAGUGUGGAUGAACAGGGGGGCACCUCCUCUCAACGCGGUCCUCCUUCCCCCAGCAGCCAUCUUACGGUUACUGCCAUCUUGCCAGCAGCACACGCCACUGCGUUAUCGGUGCGGUAUGGGUGCCCCAGCUGUGGCCAGUAAGUCCCCUCGUUCUCCGGAACUGGACUAGACUGGACUGGACCCAGAUUUCCGCCAUUAAAGCCAGGAAGCUGGACUGACUUAAAAACUGUGUUUUUUUUCCUUUUUUCUUCUUCUUUUUUUCAAUGAAUCCAAAUUCCUCCUGUAUGUAAACAUUCUACAGCUGGUUAAUAUGUGUAUUUUAAACUUAAGUGAGGAAGAAAAAAAUUAUAUUGAAGGAGAAAACAAACAAACUUGUCUUGAGCUGUCUCAGCUUCCGUUUUUUGGAUAUGUGUGCUUUUGUCCUUUACUUUUGUGCAUUGUUAUCAAAGGAUUACUGUACAAAGAAAAGAAAAGAAGACGUAGUGAGUGUUUCUCUUUCACUCAUCUUUUACUUAGAAAAACAUUCAAAGUUCAUUGUUGAAAACAGAGAAAUCGGCGGAUUAGUUGUCCGUGGUUUUUCUGUACUUAAAAAAAGAAGAAAGCAUU